UCGGUCUUCACCAGACAGACGAUUGCAAACAUGGCUGCGAGGGGCGUUUCGCUGCUCAAGUUUGUCGGCACCGUGUCGCUCGGUGUGCUAACGGGUCUUUCCUACACACUCUCCUCGCUCACCAUCCCAGCGCUCUUGACCCUCCCGUUCGCCAGCACCGCCGCGCGCGCCUUUGACUCCCUAACUUCUUCCGCACGGCGGCAGCUGCUCUCCCUCAGCGCCGUCUCCUCAUCCGCCUUUGGACUCGCCUACCUCCUCUCGCCACGGCCCCUGCGCCACCCGUACCUACUCUACGUGUCGUUGCUGGUCGGGGUGUCGCACCUCGCGGCCUCAGACCUGGUAGCGCCGUAUCUGCUCAACCUCGGCCCGGCGUCGCCGUCAUCGUCACCUAACGCGUCGGCGGCCGCCAAGCAGAAGCAGAAGCAAACCAAGGAGCGCGCCGCGCUCGAGCGGGCCCGCGCCCGCAUGGAGGCCAGCUACGAGGUGCUUGGCAGCGGGCUGGAUGCGCACAGCGAGGGCAGCACGGCCAGCGGCGGCGAGGAGAUGGAGGCUGAGGAGGGCAAUGACGUGGUGAACGGCGAGGAGGUGCGCUUCGAGGUGGAGGCGUUCCUCAAGAAGCAGAUGGUCAGGAGCGCCGUGGCCGGCCUGGGCUUCCUCCUGUCGGUCGUGGGCAUCUGGGGGGACGGUGUGUCACCUGUCUAUGGGCAGGCGGUUGUUAUUGAAGUCUGAGUGGUUUGGGCAUUGUGGUGAAUGCCUGACAGCUGAAGAAGCCUUGGGGAGUGGUAUUGCGUUAUUGAUGGAAGAAUACAUGUGUGGCCCCCUCGUCGAGAGACCUUGAACUCUCUCUCAAUUCUUUUGAACAAUUGGCAAAUAGCCUUUUCCUUGCUCUUUUAGCUAGAGACUGUACC